GAGGAAAAAGCAAUCUCCCCUUGUCCGAGUGAGCUAGGAGGACAGCUGAGUGGCCCUCAGGAGAGUCCAUGGACUCUCCCCAGAAGCUGCUGAGCAUCGGAUUGCUGCUGUGCUCUCUGUCUUGCCUCUUGCCGGAGACUGUAACUUCCUCACCAUCGCCUUUAUCUGCCUUUGGAACAGAAGAUAAAGCAGGAUCAAAACUACGCUCGAGGGAAAAUCACAGGUCCUGGCUGAGCAACUUCAGGGAGUACUUGGGGGAUCUCAUCAAGAGCUCCAUAUCUCCAGCAGCCAUUUGUUUGCUUAUCAUCACAGCACUGAUGGGGACCCUCUGCUGCCUCACGUAAGCUGCUGCGUGACAUGAAGAGAGGGGAGGAGAGAGGGAACC